UUUAAGUCAGUCAAGAUCAUUCCAACGUUUCAGUCCAAUCGAUGUAGAUGAAACUCUGAUUAAUCUGUUUUUUUCACUUUAUAAAAUUGAUCACAAUUAACUUGCAACCACCAAUAUCUAUUGACAAUCACCAACAACGAUAACCACCAUAACCACCAGUUACUCAUCACCCUGUGACAUAUUCUUGAGUCUAAUUUUUUUUCUUUCUCUAUCUCUUAAUUUUCUCAACGCUUUUUUGCCCUUCAUUAACCAUUGUCAAUAGUGUUACUCUUUGAUUGUGGCUGUUAAUUAAUUCAUAGCAACUGUGCAAUUUAUCGUAUUCUUGGUCAAACCAAAGUCUCACUUUUCACUUUGUGAUCUAUUUUUGUUAAAAUUUUAACAUAUCUAUUUUGUUUGCGCUCUAAUCAUCAAAUCUAUUUUUUUUCUUGUUGCUGUUGAGUUCAACUUUUAAAACGUUAUACAAUUUACCCGUUUUUGUUGACCAUUAACUCACUAGGCAGAUAAUCAGAGGAUUCAAAAAUAAUCAAGGACUGAAAAAUGCCUUCUGUUGAAGAAACGAAAGCACCCGAAUGGGAAAUGACUGAAGAUAUCGUUAUUAGUGGUAUUUCAGGUCGUUUCGCUGAAUCGGAUAACAUCGACGAGCUUGCCAAAAAUCUGUUUGACAAUGUUGACAUGAUAACAGAAGAUGAUCGACGAUGGCCUUUAGGUUUAUAUGGAUUACCAACUCGAAGUGGUAAAAUAAAGGAUCUUUCCAAAUUUGAUGCUCAAUUUUUUGGUGUCCAUGGUAAACAGGCCAACCUUAUGGACCCUCAAGCUCGAAUGUUGCUUGAGUUAACUUACGAGGCUCUUUGUGAUGCUGGUGUUAAUCCACAUUCCCUUCGAGGUACUCGAACUGGUGUCUAUGUUGGAGCUUCUGUCUCUGAAGUUGAAGAAGGUUUAGCUCAGGAUGUCUCCAAGGUAUCUGGUUACGCAUUAACAGGUUGUUCUCGAUCUAUGUUUGCCAAUCGUAUCUCGUACACAUUCGACUUCCAAGGACCUUCAUAUGCCAUAGAUACAGCUUGUUCAUCUUCCUUCUUGGCUUUCCAACAAGCUUUGUUAGGUUUACGAUCAGGUCAAUGUGAUCAAGCAAUAGUCGGCGGUGUCUCAAUCUGCCUUCGACCUGUAACAGCUCUUCAAUUUCACAAAUUGAACAUGCUUUCCAAUGAAGGUAAAUGUAAACAUAUGGAUGCAUCAGCCGAUGGUUAUGUACGAUCAGAGGCUUGCUCUGUUGUCUUCCUUCAACGUAAAUCUGCUGCAAAGCGUAUUUAUGCCACCGUUAUUCAUUCCAAGACCAACACUGAUGGGUACAAAAAAGAGGGUAUUACUCAUCCCUCUCGUGAUGCUCAACGAGAUUUGAUGAAAGAGGUUCUUGAAGAAUCAGGAAUCAGCCCAACAGACGUUAACUUUGUUGAAGCUCACGGAACUGGAACCAAACUUGGUGAUCCAAUCGAAAUUGAUGCCAUUGCAGAAGUUUAUUGUCAAGGACGAACAGAACCACUUCUUAUCGGUGGUGUCAAGUCAAACUUGGGUCACACUGAACCAGCAUCUGGUCUUUGCUCACUAGCUAAAGUGUUGAUUGCUUUUGAAAACAAAAACAUUCCCGCAAAUCUUCACUUUAAUACUCCCAAUCCUGACAUUAAGCCCCUUGUAAGAGGUCAAAUCAAACCAAUAGUUGAAAACACUCCUUAUAACGGUGGAAUUGCUGCUAUCAAUUCAUUCGGAUUUGGUGGUGUCAAUGUCCAUGCCUUGAUUAAAUCAAAUGACAAAGAACUCACUGAUGACUCAUUUGAAAUUUUCGGAUCUAUUCCCAGAGUAGUAACCAUGUGUGGACGAACAGAAGAAGGUGUUAACUCAUUCUUUGACUUUAUUGAGAAAAAUCCAACCCGAGUAACCAAAGAAUUCUUAGCUUUGGUUUCUGAAGUUUCCAAAGUUCCUGCAACAACUGGUAUGAAACAUCGAGGUUACAUGUUAAUGAAAAAAGAUAACCAAGAACCUUAUCAACGAGAAAUUGUUCGUGUUCCUGAAGCUGGACCAAUUUGGUUCGUCUUCUCUGGUAUGGGAUCUCAAUGGCCUGCUAUGGCUAAAGCUAUGAUGCCAAUUGAAAUCUUCGCAAACGCAAUUCACGAAUGUGCAGAAAUUGUUAAACCAUUCGGUGUUGAUCUUCUUCAUUUACUCUUGGAAGAUGAUGAGAAAGCUUUAGACAACAUUAUUGCUCCCUUCGUUUCCAUUGCUGCCGUUCAAAUUGGUUUGGUUGAUGUUAUGAGAGCAAUUGGAAUUGAACCUGAUGGUAUCGUUGGUCACUCUGUCGGUGAAUUGGGUUGUGCUUAUGCUGAUGGAUGUUUUGAUAGACGACAAAUGAUGCUUUCAGCCUAUUGGAGAGGUAAAUGUGUUGACAAUUAUGCCCACCACGAAAAGGGUUUAAUGGCUGCUGUUGGUCUCGGAUGGGAAGAAUGUGCAAAACGUUGUCCAAAAGAAGUUGUUUGUGCCUGUCACAAUUCAGAGGAUUCAACCACCAUCUCUGGUCCUUACAGCGUUGUCAAGAAGUUUGUUGGUGAACUUAAGGCUGAAAACAUUUUCGCUCGUGAAGUUAAAUCUUGUGACAUCGCUUUCCACUCUCCAUACAUUGGCCCAAUCGGUCCCGAUCUUAGUGAAAAACUCAAGGAUGUCUUGAAACCUAAACCCCGAUCACCCAAAUGGGUUUCAUCAUCAGUUCCAGAAGAACGAUGGAAUGAAGACAGUGCAAAAUAUUCUGCUCCAGCUUAUUAUGUAAACAAUCUUGUUUCCCCUGUACUCUUCCAAGAAGCUCUUAAGUUUGUACCCAAAAAUGGUGUUUUCAUUGAAUUCGCUCCUCACACUCUUUUACAAGCUAUCUUAAAGCGAAGUUUAGGACCAGAAAUGGUUUACGUUGGUUUAAUGAAACGUAACGGAAAUGCUGAAAAUCUCGACUUCUUCUUAUCCAGCCUUGCUAAACUUUAUACUCUUGGAUUCAACCCUAAACUCGAGAAUCUUUACCCUAAAGUUAGCUUCCCAGUUCCUCGAGGUACUCAAUCUCUUGGUCCACUCAUCAAAUGGGAUCACACUCAAUCUUGGUUGGUUACUCAAUACCCUGAAUAUUUCAAUCCUUCAUCAUCAUCAGAUUAUGUUGUCAAGGUUGAUCUCAAUGAAAUUGACGAUCAAUACUUAUCAGGUCAUUGUAUCGAUGGUCGUAUUCUUUUCCCAGCAACUGGUUACCUCAUGUUGGCCUGGAAAAUGUUAGCCAAAAUUAAGGGUCGUUUCCACGAUAAGAUUCCCGUUGAAUUUGAAAAUGUUGUUUUACAACGAGCAACAAUUUUACCCAAAAAUGGACAAGUUAAAUUUGUCAUCCGUAUGAUGGAAACUUCUGGUGAAUUUUCAAUCUCUGAAGGAGGUGCUAUUGUUGCUACUGGUAAAGCUUCUGUACCUGAAGAGCCAGUUCUUAAAAUGUCACACAUUUUAGACGAAACUUUAGCUGAACCAAGCAAACCUGAAGUAAUCACUCUUUCUGGCAAAGACAUUUACAAAGAAUUCAGAGUUCGUGGUUAUGAUUAUGGAACAACCUUCCAAGGUUUGAAAGAAGCAACCGACGACGGCCGAAAGGGUACCGUUUCUUGGACUGGUAAUUGGAUAUCUUUUGCCGAUAACCUUCUUCAACUCGGUAUCAUUGGACGAUCAACUAGAGCUCUUUUCCUUCCUGUUAGAUUCCAAUCAGUUCGAUGUGACCCAAUGCUUCUUAUGUCUAAGGUCGCUGAAAACGCUGAAUUCCCAGUUGCCCAUGAUCCUCGAAUCAAUGUCAUUGUUACUCAUGGAUUGGAAUUCCGAGGUCUUAAAACCAACAUUGCUCCUCGACGACAAGCUGUUCAAAGUCCAAUCAUUGAACGAUAUGCUUUCAUUCCUAAUGACGAGUCUUCUGUUCUAUCUAAAUCUGAUAAAUCGGAAAUUGACGAAUAUCUUCAAGUUUGCUCAACUCUUGCAUCUAAAGUUCUUGCAUCUGUUGGUAAAAAUAACCGUGAAAUAAUGAACGGUUUCAAGGAUGCUUCAAAUGAUUUAAUUGAACAUUAUUUGAAUGGUCCUCCCACUGACUUUGCUUUAUUGCAUGCUCUCAAUGGAGCUGCUUCAGACUCAACUUCAUCAUCUCUUGAUGAUAAAAUUAACAGAACAAUGAACAAAUACCAGAAAGAUAUUCAAAAGGACUUGCUCGCAAAUGUCUACACUCGAGAACGAUUCCUUCGAUCAGCCCUUGCAUUGAUUGCUGAAAACUCUCAUUCUAACAUUAAAACAACUGAAAUCAAUGGAUCAACCUCUUUAUUGUACAAUUCAGUCAAGGAAUAUCUUGAAUUGUCUGGAGCCAAACUUGAAUAUUCAAUUGCUCAUCCAAACCCAACUGAACUUGGUAACACAUCUACCUUAGAAAAUGAAACUUUCCUUUGCACUUAUGACUUGGGAAGUUCCCCUGUUCCUACUGAAAUUCAGAAUACAGAAUUAGUCAUCUUUAAAGAUUCUUCAGCCUUUAACCCAACUCAAAAAACAUCUCCAUCCAGUGCUCUCAAGAGCUUAACCUCAAUCACAAAAGACGAAGGAUUUAUUUUAAUUGUUCUUCGUAAUAACCUGACUGCCCCAGAAUCCGUUUUGUUUGGAAAUUCUGCUAAAGAUUUCAGUAAUCAAGCUUCUGAAUAUAUUUCAUCAGCCAAAUCUUUAGGACUUUCCUUAAUUAGUCAAAAAUCUGACGGAUUAACCUCAUCAAUUCUUGUAUUCCGUAAGGUUACUCCAAAAUCACCCUCAGACCAAGCAAUUGUUCCCAUUGAUACCUUCAACUAUGGUUGGGUUGAAGAACUCAAACGAAAAAUCAAAGAGUACGAAACUAAACCAGCUGGUCAAAAUGUUUGGAUUGUUGCUCAAGACUCACCUCUUAAUGGUGUCAUUGGUCUAGUUAAUUGUUUACGACUUGAACCCGGUGGAUCACAUAUCAGAUGUAUAUAUCAAAGUGGGUCAAAUGUUCCUAAAGUUGACUUCACCAAAGAACCAUUUGCUUCAGUAUUGCAAAAGAAUCUUGUUAUGAACGUCUUCCAAGAAUCCGUUCUUGGCUCUUACCGACACAUUUGCUUGAAAAACAUCGAGGAAGAUGGAGUUCGAGAGACAACUGAUGCUUACCUCAAUGUCAUGACUCGAGGAGAUCUAUCAAGUCUUCGUUGGUUCGAAGCUAACCACAAAUAUUCAGUUCUCUCAGCUAAAGACCAACUUUGUCAUGUUUAUUAUGCACCACUCAAUUUCCGUGACAUCAUGUUGGCCACAGGUAAACUUUCACCCGAUGCUCUUCCCGGUGAUCUUGCUCUUCAAGAUUGUAUCUUAGGUCUUGAAUUUGCUGGAAGAGACUCUCGUGGUCGUCGAAUCAUGGGUAUGACUCCAGCCAGAGGUAUGGCAACCACUGUUGUUGUCAAUGAUCCCGAAUUCAUUUGGGAAAUUCCAUCAAGCUGGUCAAUGGAGGAAGCAGCUACAGUUCCAGUUGUUUACUCAACUGCCUAUUACUCUCUCAUUGUUCGAGGUAAUUUACAACCUGGUGAAUCAGUUCUCAUCCAUUCUGGUUCUGGUGGUGUUGGUCAAGCUGCAAUCUCAAUCUGUUUAUCAAUGGGUUGUCAAGUUUUCACAACAGUCGGUUCUAAGGAGAAACGAGAAUUUUUGAAGAAACAAUUCCCACAAUUGAAGGACCGAAACAUUGCCAACUCAAGAAACACCAGCUUUGAACAGCAUGUUUUGAGAGAGACCAAAGGACGAGGUGUUGACGUUGUUCUCAAUUCAUUAUCCGAAGAGAAACUUCACGCAUCUAUUCGUUGUUUAGCUCAACACGGUCGAUUCUUGGAAAUCGGUAAAUACGACUUAUCACAAAACAAUCCCAUUGGUAUGGCAGCUUUCCUUAAAAACAUUGGAUUCCAUGGUAUUCUUUUGGAUUCCCUUUUCACUAACGGCAAGACUCCAGCCACUUCAUUAAUUGCUCAAAAACAAAUGGUUUCCCAACUGGUUAAGGAAGGAAUCAAAACUGGCGCUGUUAAGCCACUUAUUCGAACUGUUUUCGGAGUAAACGAAGCUGAAUCAGCUUUCCGUUUUAUGGCAUCAGGUAAACACAUUGGUAAAGUUAUCCUUAAAAUUUGUGAUGAAGAGCCAACACAAGUCACUCCACCCGUCGCUGUUCAAAUUCCUGCAAUCGCUCGAACCAUUUUCUAUCCUACAAAGAGUUACAUUCUUGUUGGUGGUCUCGGUGGUUUCGGUUUAGAGUUAGCUCAUUGGAUGGUUGACCGUGGAGCUAGAAAUAUUGUCCUCACUUCCCGAAGUGGUCCACGAGAAGGUUAUCAGUAUUUAUCAAUCAAACGACUUCGAUCAAUGGGAGCCAAUGUUGUUGUCUCACAAAUUAACGCUUCAACUGAAAAGGGUGCUCGUGAAUUGAUCGACUUGGCCAAAACUUUAGGUCCAGUUGGAGGUAUCUUCAAUCUUGCCAUGGUUCUUAAUGAUUCCAUGUUUGAAAACCAAUCAUCUGAAGCAUUCGCUGCAGUUGGUGAACCCAAAAUUAAAGGAACCGUUAAUUUGGACACUGUUUCAAGGCAAUCUUGCCCAAGUAUUGACUAUUUCGUAGUCUUUUCAUCUAUUUCCUGUGGUCGGGGUAACCUGGGUCAAACUAAUUAUGGUUUUGCUAAUAGUGUUAUGGAACGCGUUUGUGAACAAAGAGCUAAAGAUGGAUUACCUGGUAAAGCUGUUCAAUGGGGAGCAAUCGGUGAUGUUGGAGUUAUUCUUGAAACAAUGGGAACUAAUGAAACUGUUAUUGGUUCAUCAAUUCCUCAAAGGAUUCCAUCUUGUCUAUCUUGUCUCGAUCGUUUCCUCCAAUCACCUUACACUGUUUGCUCAAGUUUCAUCAAAGACACAUCUUCAUCAUCUAGCGGUCCAGCCUCUUCUAAAAGUGACCUUAUCAGCGCCGUGGCUCACGUCAUGGGUGUUAAAAAUCCUGCCUCACUUCAUCCUUCCCUCACUCUUAGUGAGUUAGGUUUGGACUCAUUGAUGGGAGUUGAGGUUAAACAAACAUUGGAACGAGACUAUGAUCUUAUUCUUUCCAUGGUCGAAGUUCGAGCUUUAACCAUUCGUCAACUUAAAGAAAUCAGUGCAGGUAAUAGUAAUGUCUUACGUGAUGAGGCUUCCGCAUCAUCAACUGACGUUGACCUCUCUAUGCCUGUUAUCUCAAUUCCUAGUCGGGUUGAUGUAAGACUCAAUGAUGCCAAUGAAGGUAAACCCAUAUUCUUCCUGCCACCAAUUGAGGGUACCUUUAAUUUAUUAGCACCAUUGGCUAAGCUUAUCCCACGACCAGUUAUUGGUCUUAAUUGGACCCAAGAGGCAUCCAAAUUUAAUUCAUUAGAGGAUGCAGCAUCUUUUUACAUCGCCGAGUGCCGUAAACAUCAAACGGAAGAAUCUUUCGAUUUAGUAGGUUAUUCAUUUGGUUCAGUUGUAGCCUUUGAAAUGGCUAAACAAGCCAAAGUAGAUAAUCUCAUACUUCUCGACGGGUCACCUGUUUUAUUCAAACAUUUUGCCAAACAAUGGCAAAUUAAAGCUGGUGUCAAUGACAAGAUUGAAACAGAAGUCGAAGCCUUAGUUGUUUUCCUAUCUCAAUUGGUCCCAGUAGAUUACGUAAAAACUAAAGCUGAACUUUUUGAAAUCAAGAAUAAGGACGAAAGAGUUGCUCGAGCUGCUCAAUUGUAUGUUGACAAUGGUGGUCCACCAUGUGAAGCUAAGGACUUUGCUUUUGCAUCUGAAUGUUUUGUUCAAAAAUCAAGAUUGGUAAUCAAAUAUAACGAAGAAACACAAGCUAAAUCAUCAAAUUCAGUUCUUUUAAUCAGAGCGGAUGAAGAAUUAGUUAAAAUUGAAGGAUGUCCGAAAGACUACUUCUUAUCUAAGUCCGUUGCUGGUGAAGUAACUUGCAAAAUUUUCAAAGGAAACCACAAAACAUUCUUAAGUAACAACCUCAGAGACAUUGCCAUGGCCAUGAAUGAUAGGUUUUAAACAAUGAAUAAUGGAUAUAAUUAUAUCAUCUUUAUUUCGCUCUCAAUAUUUCUUUCUCUUUAUUUUCUUGUGAUCGGCGUUGGACAAAUGUUGUCAUGUUGCCAAAAAACUAAACAAAAACUCAAUUAUUAUUAAGGUAUACAAGUGGCUCCCUCAAUUGAAAGCGCCUUUUUUGAAUUUCAUAAUUUUAUUCAAUAUUAUAAUUUCACGGUUAAGAUUCUUGAUAAUACAAUCAAAUCAAAAAUAAAAUAAAAUUCAGUUUUCCUUUUUCUA